AUGGGCGCCGUGUUUCCCGAGCAGAGCGAUGUGGUAGAAUUGGCUGCCGAAGAGGGCCACGAUGCAGAUAUUCCCACCAACCUGGGCAUCUAUCCCGGUUCCGAGCAGCGUCACCCCGUUGCUCCGCGCUUCAGCAAAGAUGCCGACCUGGAAAAGCAGAGCGAAGCUUCCGUUGCCACUUCCAUCAAUGAUCCCGACGCCGAUCAGCCGCCCGCCCCAGAUGCUCCAGAUCCGAACCUUGUUGACUGGGACGGUCCCAAUGAUCCGGAAAACCCCAUGAACUGGUCCAAAUCCAAGAAGUGGGGUGCCAUAGCCAUCGUGUCUCUCAUAACCUUCCUCAUUCCGCUGGCCUCGUCCAUGUUCGCCCCAGGAGUUCCCGAGCUCAUGGCCGAGUUUAACUCGACCAGCGAGCUUUUAUCCGGCUUCGUCGUAUCCGUCUACGUUCUUGGUUUUGCCGUGGGCCCUCUGAUCAUUGCACCCUUGUCCGAGAUGUACGGGAGGCUACCGCUCUACCACACAUGCAAUGUUCUGUUCGUCGCCUUCAACAUAGCAUGUGCACGAUCAACGAGCCUCGGCAUGCUCAUUGCUUUUCGCUUCCUGGCCGGCUGUGUCGGAUCGAGCCCGCUAACGCUAGGUGGCGGAACUAUUGCAGACUUGAUCCCGCGCGAGCAAAGGGGCACUGCAAUGGCAAUCUGGGUCGCUGGCCCGUGCAUCGGUCCUGUCGUAGGUCCCCUGUCAGGUGGAUUUCUCUCACAGGCUGCUGGGUGGCGUUGGACGUUCAAUGUCGUCAGCAUCGCUGCUGCCGUCGUCACCCUUUUUGGUGCAAUGCUCAUGUCCGAGACAUAUGCCAUCGCCAUCCUCAACCGCAAGACGCGCCGCCUCAAAAAGGAGACUGGGAAUAUGGCACUUCGUAGCAAGCUCGAUACCGGCCUCUCGCCCCGCGAUCUCUUCUUCUUCAGCAUUGUACGCCCCACCAAGAUGCUCUUCAAGUCUCCCAUCGUGUUCCUCCUCUCCCUAUACGUCGCCGUUGCCUAUGCCUACCUCUACAUCCUUUUCACCACUUUCACUCUCGUCUACAAGGAGCAAUACAACUUCAAUACCGGCACCGCUGGUCUGAGCUACCUUGGAGUUGGAAUUGGUAGUGUCACCGGCCAAUGGGUUUAUACUUACUGGGGCAACCGGAGCGUCCGCAGUGCGCUUGCAAAAGGCACCUUCACCCCCGAAAAGCGCUUACCGCUCAUGUUUCCCGGCGCAGCGGCGAUGCCGAUAGGACUGUUCUGGUACGGAUGGACUGUUGAGAAGCACACGCAUUGGAUAGUGCCCAUUAUUGGAACCGGUUUCAUUGGAUUCGGCUUGAUGCUAAUCUUCAUGGCGCCGAACACGUAUCUCGUAGACGUCUAUACCUUGCACGCUGCAUCUGCCAUGGCCGCAAACACUGUCUUGCGAUCCCUUUUUGGCGCGUUUGUGCCCCUUGCCGGACAGCCCAUGUACAAGGCCCUUGGCCUGGGCUGGGGCAACUCUUUGCUCGGUUUCGUCGCCAUUGCAUUGAUACCCAUUCCGGUUCUGUUCGUCAAGUAUGGAGAGGCGCUGAGGAACAAAUAUCAAGUGAAGCUGUGA